CAGACAUUUUUUCAUACACCCUCGGUAAACGUUAUUUUCACAUGUGCUCAUGGCACUUUCAACGACAAUCCCGAUACGAUCACGUGCAGUUUCACGCCGCGAUCACGUGUUAAACCUUCUUCCACCGCUGACUGUGGUGAACAGAGAGGAAGCUACCGCGCAUGAUCGUUUGUUCUCAGAUGAUCCACCUCCAAGGAAAUACGCAGCAAAUUUUCCAAGUAAAGUUCUUCGACACCUUGGGGCAUGGACAUUUUAUUCUUCUCCAACAAAAGGAGAAUUAGCUCUACUUGACAAAAGUAUGUAUGAUUUGGACAAGAACAAGGAAAAACUGGACAGAACAGACGGUGAGGAAAAAAUUGGGAAUAAGAAUACUGAGAAACAUUCCCACUACACCAACGAUAUCAAAAGUGGACCGGAAGUGAGAGGGGGUGAGACUUUAAAGGAGAGGAGAGAAAAGGUAAUGAAGCAAACAAUGAAAGACGCAAAAGAAAAACAAAAACAGAAAAGCAAGAUAAAAGAGGAAAAAAAUUCAUCUGUCUCUAAACAGUCAACAAAGAAAAUUUCUAGUGUGCCAAACUCCACGGAGAAAACCGUACAAGCAGCUGCAGCAAAUAGAGUCAAUAAGGUUGAAGAUGAUAAGAGCACAAUCAAGAAAAAGUCACGUAAAAUUCCAGUGCACAGAAAACAACAAACAACCAGCGAUAAGACUGAGUUAUCCAUUGACACUUCAAAAGUGCUUGAUGGCACUGUCAUCGUCCUAAUUCUGUCCCUUGAUCAAGCACCCCUAAAUGCAGAUCACACGUAG